CGCUGCCAUCAACGAAUUGGUAUCGACUUUUGAUCCAGCUCUAACCAAAAGUCAGAAGGUCGAAUCAUUCCAUAAUUUUCGACGAAUUAAUUCAGUUCGACGUGCUCAAUCCAAGUGCAGUAUCAAAAAUAUUCCUACAUAUUUGCUGAUCAAUCCUGGCUGAAUUCAAGACUUUGAAGAAUUAAAUAUUUAAGAGACUUAAUUCAAGGCAAACAAGGAUAUACCGAUUAGUUGUGGAGUAAUAAGCUACCUGAAUUAAGAUAUAUUAAGUACAAGAGGAACUUGGCGAAAAGAAGCAAAAACAUGGCAAACACCCCGCAGGCCAAGCAUGCCCUCCUGAUGUCCUUCAAGUCGCAGUUGUCAGCCGACGUUAGCAGCAUGUUGGUAAACUUUGAAGAAAUCCUGAAGAUGGCUUGCCGUGAUAGAAACGGCCAAAUUCAGGAGACCACGCAAUACGAAAUAGAUGCUCUGGAAAUGCAGGUGCGUGCCGCCAAUGUGGUCCGUGCUGCAGAUUCCCUGAUGAAGCUAGUGAACGACCUGAAGGAAUACCACAUUCUGAAUGAUUUCCCGGGCAUCGAUGAGGAACUCAAGAAAAACUGUGAACUAUUACAGGCCAAGACAGUCGAGUACGACGAAAAGAUUGGCAAAUUGGCCCAAGAUAUGGCCGAUGAGCUGGUUGCGCUGGAGGAGGAGUUCUAUGAGUACGGCAGCCGCAAUUUGGAUUAGUCCUAUCAACUGAAGUAAUACCUAAUCUGAAAAUGAUUUUCCUGCUCACUAAUAACUACUUUCUGUAUGUCAAAAGCAUAUAAUUUAAGAAGACAAAUAAAAUAACACAG